UUUUACGUAGACGAAGAAGGUGCCUCGAAUCCGUACAGCUUAAUUAAUUUGACUACUUUUACUUAAACUUGAUCCUUGGCCGGUUCAAGUCGCAAGAAAACUUUUACUUUCUUUUCAUCGUUUGUCACAUUUUAUGGUUUAUUAAAAAUGAAUCGUACACACAGAUUUCGCCAGAAGUGGAAGGGAGAUAAUUUCGUCCUUAUUCUUUACAGAUACUUGUUACUCUAUUGUUGUCGAUUUCAUUGUGUUUGUGGGUGAUACUUGUCUUGUCGUUAAAUAUGAAAUUGAAAUUAAUAUCCACGUUAAUAUUUUGCUUAUGGUGGAAUUCCUGUAGUUGUUUAAAUAAUACUUCUUCGCCAACCUCGUCUGGAAAACCGAUUUCUGAAACGGAGCAGCAAUUCGUGGACUGGGCGAGUCGCCAAUUUUCUAAGCGAAUGUUGUGGAUGACACAUAAAAGAAGAUUCGUCCUCCCAAAGGGGACAAUUCUUCAAAUUACGCCAAAAAUAACGGUGCCAGUGUUUCGCCAUGCACCUUACAAUGGCGGCUUCGACUCUGAUAUUCAGGCCUCCUGGACGUUUUACAUGAAAUUCGACAAGUUGAACAUGACAUCGGACGAUCAUCCAUGGCCCUUUGAUCGCCCACCAUUCUACCCAUUUGGAGAAAUGAUGCGUCCCAACGUGGGAGAAAGUGGUAGCAAGAAACCGGACGACAAGAAACCGGAUAACCAAAAGCAAACCGAAUCUUCCCAAGAAUCUCAACAAUCCCACUUUCACCACCACCCUUACUACGAUCCUAACCCUGCUAAACCGUUCCCCAACAUAAAACACCACUUUAAUGAAGGAGACGACGCAAAAUCCAUCCUGCACACGGUCCAAGCCCACAACGUGUACCCUGCUUUUGGGGGCGGUCGCAAUACCCGUCGUCGUCCUCGACCGAAACGAGCCAUCAUGUCGCUGCCCCCUCCGGAAUCCAUGUUUGGUGGGGAACGAGCUGUGAUUCUGCCCAGUCUUGAGGGGAUCAUGACGUCACUGGGGCUGUCGGGGAGGUCGUGUCUCUUGCGGGCGGUGUGCGAAGUGCACGAGUUUCCCCUCAGCACGGGAGGCUACGGCUUGUUUGGCGAAUUAGUGACGCUCUUCUUCAGCGUUAGCGAAUCCCCCUACGCCGAGUCCCACAUGCCAGCCUAUCUCGAAGCUGAAGGACAUGGAAAAUCAGGGGAUUGUGCAAAGUAUAAAAAGUCUUGUGAAAAAUCCAUCUUUGUUUGGGAACGAAGACCAGAGUUUGAUAAGGGCAGUGAGAAAGUGGACCAGAUCAAGGUUAAAGAUGAUAACGCUUUGUAAGGAAAAUUGUAAAAUCAAAAAGAGUUUAUAUUUUAUAUAUUUAAUUGCAGUAAAUAAUUUAUACACA